CGGCCAGAAGUCCUUGCGAUUGUUCUCAUACAUAUUGACGACGUCCGGAACUCUGACCUGAUACAUAUUCCACCGCUUAUCACAUUGCAUCAUGUUCGCAACUUUUGAAGCAUCCUUGAUUCUUGUCGGGGCAACGACCGCAUUUGCGAAACUCUCCUCGACCAUCACUGCCCCUGCUGGUGUCCCCACGGCGAAUCUUGACAAGCGCGUGACCUACUCGCCCAAUCCUACUGAAACAACAUCCCCAUACCCGUUGACAGCCUAUCACUUUCCGUACUCAGCUUUGCCUGAACAAGUCAAUCCAAUCAACUAUGGAAGAGGUCCUCAAUCUGGAUAUAAUAUCUGCAACCAUACGACCGAGGGACCCGAUUCCAUGUGCCAGACGGCGAUUGUCAAUUCCAUAGCUGACUUUUGCAUAUGGGGCGGUCCUGGACUUGAGUCAAAUCAAAGUGUCGGAGACUUUGAGGGAGCCUCCGUGGCAUAUUGCUCAAGAUCGGGCUAUGGAACUAGGAUUUUCCCUCCAGGAACGUUUACGGCUUUACAGUUCAUGCGAACACCCGGGUACAUCCAAAUCGUGGGACUGUUCAAUCAGACCGCAGUCGGGUUGACGAAUUCCGACGAGGGAGGUGAACUCGAUCCCCACGGUGCUGAUGGCCUCGGAAACCCCAUUGGAGGGUUGGUGUACUCCAAGAGUCUGCCAUCUGGAGACAAUACGACCUAUAUGGAGACUCAAUCAUGGAACAACUUCCUCGACAGCGAUAGAUUCUGCUUCAAGCUCUGCGACCCCAAUUAUCAGACAGAAUACAACUACUGUCAGAACAUUUACGAUCUAAUCGGCUGCGACUAUAACGCCCCUGCCGCAUAUGAAGAGGGUGUCUUCCUCUCCUGCGACGGUGACAUGCAGGACGAGGUUGGCACCUAUACAUCUGACGGUCAAACCUACACUUGGUCUCAACCGACGUCUCUUCCGCCCGGGUACAAUAUGCCAUACACACCUACCAUCCCAGCCUCUUCCAACUGUGUCACUUAUCAGUCCACGGACCUAUUCCCCACACAAUCUCUCGGAUACCAGAGCACAAACAACGUCUUUGGCGCCCUUGGACCGACCAGUGCCAGUGCCGCUAGUAGCUCGACAGGAUCGGUCAGUGCGUCGAGGGCUACAACAUCCUCACAGACCGGUAGCAAGACCAAAUCGACUACCGCCUCGGCUUCGACCGCUACCACCAAGACAGGCGCCGCCACACGCCUCACAGCAUCUGCACUCCCAAUCACCAUUGGUCUUGGACUGUUGCUCAUGGUCAUGAACUGAGUAGGAAGCAUGCCCCUCGCCCCUCAGGCAUGGUCGCCUCAACGUAACGCUGAGUAAUCCUCUGAGUCAUAGUAUUCUUCACUUGCCACGUUUGGUGACGUAUCAUCAUCGAAGCGAUAUGCAUGCGUUGUGUCGUUCAG